CUCCCUCCGUGUGGCUUGCCUGAAUGAAGUGAAGCCUGCCGCCAGCAAAGCAGCGGAUAUCUGACUUUCUUUCGCCUCGUCUUUCUAGCAGUGCCUACUCGUCCGCAGACGUCAGCAAAGCGACCUCAACGCUGCGUGCCGUCAUUAUGACGCGGUCGGUGCCCUCUGACCCGCCAUGCCAGCCGUCAGCGGCUCCCGAUGCGCCCAGGCGGCGAGGCUGUAAGAGCUGUGCUGAUGUGGUGAGGAUGGCUGUGUGCGUGGUGAUCUUCUGCACGCCCUGCGUGGGAGAGAGGUUGCAACGUCUCAAGAGAGAUUUUUCAGCAUCAGGUGAGGGAUAGAGUGGUGUGCAUGCCGAUCUACGAGCACACAUCCAUCGUGGUGCAUCUCUCUGUGUGUUUGUGUUGGCAGCGUUCCUCACCGGCCCGCAAGCACUCAGCCAGCCAGAGCAGGUGGGCGCACACACGAUAUAUCUGGAAUCGCACUCAUCUGCACCCGUGUGUGUCGGUGUGUCAUCUCUUGGUUGUGUUGGUCAGCGGUCAGUGUUCCGGCGGCUCUCUCCCUCCGUGGCCUCUCUCCGCGCACAGCAGGCGCUUGACGAGCCCUUCCCAAUCAAGAAGCAGAAAGCUACCAGCAAAGCUGCACCGGCCAGAGGUGCCCACACACCACGCUCCAAGACUCUCCCGCAUUCGUGUGUGUGUGGUAUGUGUGUUUUCAGGUGAGUCGCGUCUGUACAGUGCGACAGCGGUGCGUCCGGCGCCGGCCGUGGUGGAGCGAGCUGAGGAAGAGGAGGGCGACUUUGACCUGAAGGCCUUCUUCAAGGACAAGAAAGCCGCGGUGAGCCUCUGGGAGAGAGGGGAGUGAAGUGCGCCCACAUCUGUCCGUCCGUCGAUGUAUGUGUGCAGGUGGACCAUGCUCUCUCCCUCUCUGUGCCCGAGUUUGCAUCGCAUCCCAGGGCGUCCCGGUGAGGCAGGGAGUAAACACCCACACGCACGCACACCACGGCCACUGGUGGGUGCAUGGAUACACGUGUGGAUGUGUGUGUGUGUGUGUACAUCAGGUUGGCCGAGGCCAUGCGAUACAGUCUGCUUGCGCCCGCCAAGAGGGUCAGGCCCAUCCUGUGCCUUGCCGCCUGUGAACUCUUCGGCGGGUGAGGGACAAAAACGAGCAUCCACAACGUUCAUUUGUGCACGUGUGUGGAUGGCUGCGCGUACUCUCCGUAGGAGCGAGGCGUCGUGCAUGCCGACAGCUGUCGCCAUCGAGAUGAUCCACAGCAUGUCACUCAUCCACGAUGACCUCCCUGGUGCUUACUGCAGACCUGACAUCAGUGCACUCACUCACACACAUCGGUGAAUGGAUUUGUGUGUGUGUGUGUAUGUGUGUGUGUGCAGCAAUGGACAACGAUACGUUGCGCAGAGGUCUGCCGACAAACCACGUCAAAUACGGAGAGGACAUCGCCAUACUCGCCGGUACGUCCGUACGCACACACAUCCGUUCAUGUCCAUAUGUGUCCCCAUGUCGCAGGCGACGCAUUGCUGUCCCGCUCGUUUGAGUAUGUGGCCAAGUACACACACGACGUGCCGCCAGAGAGGAUCGUGCAGGUAUCGACACACUCAGUGAUGCCUCCACACACGCACAUGGCACAUGUGUACCCCUCUUUCUGUGUCUGCCUGUGUCUGCAGGUGUUGGCGAGACUCGGCGAGUCAGUGGGCGUGGAGGGCUUGGCGGGCGGACAGGUGAGCAGAUGCACACAGACCUGCUCGGCACAACGAACGUACUUGUACGAAUGAACAUGUGUGUAGGUGUUGGAUUUGGAGCUGGAGGGUCAGCCUGAUGUGACGGUCGACGACCUCAGGUGGAUUCACAGACACAAAACCGCUGCACUGCUCAAGGUACAUCGGCACACAGCUCACACACGCACCUGUACCCGCACCAAUGCCCUCCUCGUGUCGCGUCCUUGCAGGUGGCUGUUGCGUGCGGUGCCAUCCUGGGUGGUGCGAGCAGCGAUGACGUGCAGCGGGUGGAGCAAUACGCCGAGAACGUCGGGCUGGCCUUCCAGGUCAGUGAGUGAGUGAGACGGACACACCCUCACACACAGCUGAUUGAUGUGGUGCGACGCACGGCGUGGAUGGUGUGUGUCUGGUCUGGUCUGGUAGGUGCAUGAUGACAUCUUGGAUGUGACGCAGUCGACAGAGGAGCUGGGCAAGACAGCAGGGAAGGAUGCGGUGAGCUCACACGACAGGAGCCCUCAGCUGGCUGGCACCACACGCACCUCUCUGACGCGACACAUAUCCUGUUUGUGCAUGUAUCGUCUCAAUGUAUGUAUCGACUAGGAUGUGUCCAAGACCACCUAUCCAAAGCUGCUGGGCCUCGACGGCAGCAAAGCGGAGGCCAAACGACUCAUCAACGAAGGAAUACAAGUAUGAAAGCAGUGGGCACAGCCGCACCGACGCGACGCAAGACACACACGCACAUCCGCUGUGUGUGUGUGUGUGUGUGUCAGCUGCUGGUGCCGUAUGGCGAGCGCGCCAUCCCGCUGAUUGCUUUGGCCAAGUACAUUGUGGAAAGGAAAAACUGACCGAGGGAGUGUAGCGUGUGUGCAAGGAUUGAGGGAAGGAAACAAGACGAGACGAGGAAUGCCAAUUUUUCAGACAAAGUCUGACACACAC